AUGUCGGAAUCGCUGGAGGACCUCAGUCGUAUGCUCAACGAUCUCAAUGCUGCUUCCCGAUGCGUGGGACUGCGGAUGAACCUUGACAAGACGAAAGUCAUGUUCAAUGAUAAAAUCGUCCCGGGCCAAGUUACCAUCUCGAAUGCAGUCAUUGAAGAGGUAAAUACUUUGUCUACCUCGGUCAGGCUAUCCAGCUUGGCCGGGGUAACUUCAAUACAGAGAUUGAGAGACGCAUACGACUGGGUUGGCNGGGUAAAGGGAAACCCAAAUCAUACCAUCUUUAUAGGGAGACUUAACCCUAGGACACCACAGGAAACUAUCGAAUCGGAAUUUUCAAAAUUCGGUAAAAUCAUUCACUGUCGUCUCGUAAGGGAUCUUGUCACAGGAAAAUCGAAGCAGUAUGCUUUUGUAGAAUAUGAAAAGUACAGUUGUAUGGAAAAGGCACUAAGAGAGAUGCACUUAGAAUACAUAGAUGGUUCAGAGAUAAUUGUAGAGCGGGAAGCUGAACGACGACUUCCUGGAUGGAAGCCUCGACGCUUAGGCGGUGGGUUUGGUGGCCGCAAAGAAUCAGGACAGUUAAGGUUCGGCUGUAGAGAUAGACCUUUCCGGAAACCAUACACUGUAGGAAACAAAAUUGAGUCUGAUACAAAAGCUGAGUGGUAAAAUGAAUAAUUAUAAACCAAUGUAGGAAACAAAAUUGAGUCUGAUGGUAAAAUUAAUAAUUAUAAACCUAUCUGUUUAAAUAAUUCUAUUUGACUACUUAGCGUUAGCUAACAUAAUAUGUAAUUUAAUGACUAAAUACAUUUAGUAAAUAUAAUUAACUUAAAUCUAA